AUGGACAAUGAUGACGAUUUGGUUGAGGUUGGACAUCGUUAUCAAGAUGAACCGGUAGUCGUGAUUGGAGCACCAUUAGCUGAAAUUAUGAAAAUGGAUACUAUGAUGAAAGGUUUACUAAAGACGUUAACAAAUAAUGAUAAAUACAUGAAUAACAUACCUGAAGUGAAUG